UCACUCCCACCUCUGCUGUGUCGCUUGAUGCUGUCCACCAACGAACGCCUCUUGGGCAGCCGACGGCACGGGUGCGCCGGGUGGGGGGUCGGGCAGCCCGUGUUCCCGAUAGGUGGACGUGCAGUCCAAGAUGGUCAUGCCUCCGUCCCUGACGACAUCCCAGCCCCUCUGCUCUGCUGUCUGGAUGAGAUGCAGGGUUGUGGUGCGCCCCGGGGCCGAUAUGCCGUACGGCAGACUGGGGUCGACUUUGAUCGGACAGAAGUGCCGAAGCUGGCGCCUGUUUGGUGGCUGUCUGGUGUACGGGGCCGUGCUGCUGCUGCUGCUGUUGCUGCUGCUGGUCUGUGGGUGAGAUGGGGGGUGCGGAGAGAGGUGUCGCAGGAGGGCCUCGGCCACUGCUGCCGGUCGGCGCUGCCAAAAGACAUCGGCCGUCAUGACGUUGCCCGCCUUUUGCAGGUAGGACGAGAGAUGAUCCGACGAUAUGUCAUCAUUGUACAUCAGCAGAUGGCCGAGAUGCUGCAGCUUCGUUCCGGUGUUGCGCAGGGCCCCCACAGUCCGGUGCAUGUCGAUUGUCGGCGUGGCGCGGUUGGCUGGGUGCUGGGGGUCGAUGUACUCCGGGGGAUGGCCCUCGUCGAACACCAGGGGAAAGACGUUGAGAUGCGUCAGAUCGGGAGAGGAACCGAUGAUGUGCGCCAGGCCGAGAUCGAGAGCCGUGAUGUUGAGGGAGUCAUGGAGAUGCAGCCGCAUCUGUGUCUCAAACAGCCCCAUGAACGACUCAGUGGCGAGCAGCCAGACAGACGACGGAGGGCCGGAAAGACGCACCGGUGCCGAUACAGCAUCAGCAGUGCCUCCAUGCUGUUGACCUCCAGUGACGUGACGGCGGGGAACACGACAUGGUCAUCCCCAUCGAGCUGCGAAACAUCAGCCCCACCAGCCUGGCGCUCCCCGACAGUCUCCUUCCCCCCGUCACGCCCGAGCUGGAUGAUCUUGACCUCCUUGAGGGUCUCGCGGUGCUGCAGCAGACUGCCUAUCGACCGCUCAAACACCGCCUCUCGCACACUCGUCAUCUUGGCCGGCAUGACCACAAGUGCCUGCUGCCCGCCACCUGCUGCACCGUCACCAUCACCGCCGCCAGCUGAGCUGCUGCUCAAAUCCCCGGCGUUCUGUCCGCCGACGGCAUUGUUGACGACACAGAUGAGGCCGCGGAUGGCAUGGUUGACGGCGCGGCAGACGGCCGUCAACGACAGACGCUCCCUCGUAGCGAAGAAGGCGCAGAUCUGCCACAACAGGGUCCGGCGAUCCAGCACAGAGAUCAGCCCGGGCGGCGGUGUUGGUUGGUCUGCCUCGCCGCCGGCAGUCACGUCAGGGCUCUGCAU